GCCAAAAACCCCCAUCCCUAUAUAUUAAUACGAGCGUAAAAUACACAACGGCUGAGCUCUCUCCGUAAACAAGGAAAGAAAGUCAAAAUUAUCGAAGAAAACUCGAGAAGAAGAGACCUUGGAAUCAACCCUCACCCAAUGGCAUACAUUGAACGAGGUGUAUUGAAAUCCAAGCGAUCCAUAUGGCGACUGAGAACAAUCACUGAUUUCUUCUGGGCUAUUGUGAAUCUCAUAGGCGUGUUCUUUUCUACUAUGUUCUCGAUGGAAAAGACAGAUGCUUACAGAAAAGGAUCUGGUUCUAGCAAGAAAUGGGAUGGUGGCCCAGGAGGUCCUGGGAGUGGACCAUAUGGUGGGGGCCCACGUGGCCCACCCCGUGGACUGGACAAUGUUAGAGGGAUUGACCAUAGUUCCUUGCCUGCCUGUGGCUCCUGCUGUGGCUAAAGUGUUGAGGUACCAGUAGUUCAUUUGCAGUUGGGAAUAUAUUGUAAUUUGUGUUAACAGAACUUCUAAGAACGUUUUUAUAUAUUGUAAUUCCUGAAUGUUACAGUUGUUACUGCGUGAGCUUUUUGCGAACAAUUUGUAAGAAGCUAUUGUGAUAUUUCAGAGUCUCUAAAUAUGAAGCAGUAACUUUGUUCUUCGGAGUCCA